AUGAUCCACGAUAUUCCAGAUAUAGAGCCAGCAUACACUACCAGGUGUAAAUACUACGAGGUCGGCGAUGUUGCAUUGACAGCAUGUUUUUGGCUUGUUUUCAAUAAGGCAAUCAUCGCGGUCUCCGUCUGCUACGGGGCAUCCAUUGCGAGGAGGAGUGUGAUUGUCGAAUACGCUACGAUUUGGUGGGUGGUGGUUUUGAAUCUCACCUCUUGCUGCAUGAUCAUCGCACUUUGGUGUUACUACUAUCUGCCUUUGGACUUGAUGAAAGCAUGCCUUGGAAUGUCAUGCGCCGCCUUGGCGUUCUCUGUCCUCGUCCUCUUUCAAACUGGCUACCAGCUGAACAAUUACAAGAAUCGCCAAAUCAACCAGUCGCCUUCUACUGAAGCAAAUACUGUCCAACAAACGACUGUUGUCCACCAUAGCGCUGCUCAAGAAGCCCAUAAAGCGAAUGAUUAUCCAAGUCAGCCACCCCCUGCGUACUCUGCUCAGCAACCAGUUGCCGUUCAAUCGGUUCCUCAAACUCUUCAAGACCGACUUGCUAGCGAGUUUGAGGACGAACUCGCAAAUGUCGAGGACAAAGAACCAGUCCUUCGUGAUUUACGGGGGACACUUGAUAUGACUGAUAAAAGCUCCCAGUGCAACCUCAGGCUCGAACACAUUCUCGAAGAAUUUAGCAGUGAGAUCGAUUGUGACGUUUCUAGCGCUUAUGAGUCUUCCUCUGAAGAGGACUCGUGUGAUGAAGAAUGGGUUCCUACCACACCUCCCCACACCCGAGGCGCGAGACGGCGUUUGGUCUUUGACUCCGAGGAGGAAACCAAGUCUUCAGAGGAAGCGCGUCAGGAUAAACUCAAGCAGAAAAAAGCCCAUUCCUCAAAGAGACUGCGAGAGGAAGAAGCCGCGGAACAACCUUCAAAACGAGUCCGCCGAGAAGCUGUCCAACCAAGAAACGUUUUCGAUGACAUCGAGGAUGAGCAAACUCGUGAUAGUUUCGGUUAUACACGACACGAAGAAAAGCAAGAGAAUACCGCUGACGACUUAGAAGAAAACAAUCAACAGGAAGAUAAGUCCGAAAAUGAGCCUGAUGCUUUAGAGAGUGACGAUUAUUCAAACGUUGAGGACUACGAGUCGGAAGAAGAAGUCUUUCAGCCUGCUCAUGAUGUCAAUAACAAAGACCAUCACUCAAGACAAAAUUCUCAAACCGAAGGUGAGUUGAGCUCUCAACUGAUCGAAGACACCCCUGGACCAAGCUCUCGACUGAUCGAAGACACACCUGGACCAAGCUCUCGACUGAUCGGGGACGCUCCAUCACCAAGCUCUCAACUGAUCGAAGACACACCUGGAUCAAGCUCACGACUGAUCGGAGACGCUCCUACACCAAGCUCUCAACUGAUCGAGGACACUCCUGGACCAAGCUCUCAACUGAUCCAGGGCAGUCCUGAAUCAAGCUGUCGACGUCAAGAUGAUCAGCAGGAGUCUCAAAAAUGGCAACUCUGGAGUCCAUCCCAAUGGGAAAUCAUCGGUAAAUCACCUCCACCUGACUACGAUCCUAACCAGCGCUUCGGGAGAAGCGUUAUCCGCUUCGCCGCACCUGCUGAAAACAAAAACGAUCAAGUUAUUGACUUAACAGGCUCUCCUGAUCGGGAAAUCAACGUCGAUGGUCAUAUGAAAGACGGGUCAGAAGUUAUCGAUCUCACUGAUACCUUUGACGACGACGACAGUGUUGACGAUGCCAUGAUCAAUGGGUUGGUUGCCGAAGCAGAGGAGAGAGAAAGACAGCAACUUCAAUCAGAACUGGAAAAUCCUUCACGCGGAGAGCAUUGUCUCAGCCCAUACCUCUUAGGCGAAACACUUGACGACUGUUUCAGAUUUGGGAUUCUCACAAAAGAUGCAAUAGAAUUUAUCGAAGAGACCAUCUAUGAACAAGAAGACUACCCUGAUCCUUCUCCCACAAUUUCGCCCAUAAAAACUUACACUCAACUUUAA